GUGAGAAGUGGAAAACCAGAAAUACUCUUGCAUCUUCACUCUCCCACCCCGACCGCUUGAUUUUGAUCAGACGGUAAUCAUGCCGAUCAGAAACAUAGCCGUUGGCCGGCCUGAAGAAGCUACUCAUCCAGAUGCUCUUAAAGCAGCUUUAGCUGAGUUCAUAUCAACGUUAAUCUUCGUUUUUGCUGGAUCUGGUUCAGGCAUGGCUUUUAAUAAGCUGACCGACGGCGGUGCAACAACUCCGGCUGGUCUCGUUGCUGCCUCUCUAGCUCACGGAUUUGCGCUUUUCGUCGCUGUCUCCGUCGGCGCUAACAUCUCCGGUGGCCAUGUCAAUCCCGCCGUUACAUUCGGUGCUUUCGUUGGCGGGAACAUUACUCUUUUACGUGGUAUCCUUUAUUGGAUUGCUCAACUCCUUGGCUCAACCGUCGCUUGCCUGUUACUUAAGUUCGCCACUAGUGGCCUGGGAGUACCAGCUUUCGGACUAUCAUCCGGCGUGGGAGCAUUAAACGCGUUCGUUUUCGAGAUCGUGAUGACUUUCGGACUGGUCUACACCGUUUACGCCACAGCCGUCGAUCCUAAAAGAGGCAACUUGGGAGUGAUCGCACCGUUGGCGAUCGGUUUAAUCGUGGGAGCCAAUAUUUUAGCCGGUGGGGCAUUCGACGGAGCCUCAAUGAACCCAGCCGUUUCAUUUGGACCAGCCUUGGUUAGCUGGUCCUGGGAAAACCACUGGGUCUACUGGGCUGGACCACUUAUUGGUGGUGGGCUCGCUGGUCUCGUCUAUGAGUUCCUCUUCAUUAACCAGACCCAUGAACAACUCCCUAAUCAUUAGUCAAUAAAAUUUCCGGUGUAUUUAAUUUUUGUUGAGCUUUCUUUUGUGUUUAAUUUCUGGCCGUUGAUCUUGUUUACUUUUAUUAUUAUAAUCUUCUAUCAAUGAUCAUCGUGCAUGGCUGAUGGUAUUUUCAAUUUGGAAAAAAAACUGGUAUUUGAGUGAUAAUAUUUAUUUAUGAAAAAAAAAAAAAACCUUGGCCGUAAAUGUUUUAA